UCUUGCGGCCGGGUCCUGAGGCCUACCGGAAGCGAAGUUCCCUCAGCUGUCAUGGCUCCGGCCGCCGAGGCGAGAGCGGCACCCGGGGAGAAGCGGCAGCAGCGGGGCAUCCGCCGGCCUCUGAGAGCACCGCGCCGGCGCCGUUGAGGCCCCAAAGCGGGCGGCGACGGAGCCCCGAGACACCAAAGCUGGCGAGCCGGGGCCCGGAGUCGGGAGCCCCCUCCGGCGGGGCCCGGAGUCCGGCCCAGCAGCACAAGAGGAUGAAGAAGCGCAAGGAGCUCAAUGCCCUCAUCGGCCUCGGCAGCGAACGGGGCAGCGGAGGCAGCGGCGGUGGUGGCGGCGGGAGUGGGCGGAAGAAGCGGCACUCGAGGAAGGGCUCCGCCUCGGGACACCGGCUCCUCCGCACCGAGUCGGCCGAGAGCAGCAGCAGCUCUUCCUCGGACCCGGAUUACGGAGAUGGCUUUGGGCUGCCCGGCUCCCGUUCGCGCUUCUCCAAGAGUGACUACUUGAGAUGCUGCAAGCUCUGCUACCCUUUAUGUGCAUUUGUUAUUCUGGCUGCUUGUGUGGUCGCUUGUGUUGGCUUGGUAUGGAUGCAGGUAGCUCUCAAGGAAGACCUAGAUGUAUUAAAGGAAAAAUUUCGAACCAUGGAGUCUAAUCAAAAAACCUCAUUCCAAGAAAUUCCCAGAUUGACUGAAGAUCUGCUUAGUAAACAAAAAGAAUUGGACCAGAUUAAGAGUGGAGAUAUGGGGUUAAAUAAAAUAUGGGUAAACAUCACAGAAAUAAACAAACAGAUAUCUUUGCUGAUGUUGGCUGUAAAUCACCUGAAAGCAAACAUUAAAUCUGCUUCUGAUUUGAUUAAUCUUCCUGUUACAGUAGAAGACCUUCAAAAGAGUGUUGCUACUAUAGGUAGCACUGUAACCAGUGUUCAUCAUGAUGUUGAAACUAUGCAGGCAGCAAUUGAAGUACAUAAGAAAACUCUAGAAACACUCCAAAAUGAAAUGAGUGAACACAUGGAAGAUGUCAAAAAGAAACAACUGUCUUUAUUCACUGCUUCUUCUGUUCCCCAAACAAGUGAGAAGAAUCUGACAGACACUUGUAAACAGGAUAACCAAUAUCUACAUACCUCUAUAGAGGAAGUAAACUCUACCCUAAUGUUGUAUCAGAAGCUGAAUGAUUUAAAACUAUUCAAUAUUGAUUCCACAAUCAGCAAUUUAACCUGGAGAGUGAUUUCAUUAGAAAAUCAUAUGAUGGUUGUCAAUAAACUGGAAAAGAAAGAGAACCUUACACUUGGUGUGGUGGGUGGCUUAACUACCUCGACAAAUGUAGAGCAUGAAGGAAGAAAUGAAACUACUACUGAAAAAGUACAGGAUAUAGAGAAAACAGAAAAUGGGGAGUCUCAGGUAUCCAAACUAAGAGAGAAGCUGCAACAAAUCAGUUCUCUGUCAAGGAAACCAGAAAAUGACAGAUCUGAAGCACUGAAAAAAGUAGGAAAACUCCAGAGCCCCACAUCAAAACCUACAAAACUUCCAAGAAUUUCUUCAAGAUCAGUCAAGAACAGUUUUGAAGGAAGUAGACACCCAAGAGGCUUGCCUUUGCCUGGAAUAUCCAGCUCAGAAGAACUUCAGGAUUUAUUCAGGACUGCCAAUCAAGAGACAGACGGCAAGCUGCCAUAUGAAGACCAGCAAAAAUUGGUUGGGUCUGCAAUUCAGGAUUCACAGAGCUUUAAGAAAUCCAGUGCAGAUAGGGAUGAGAAAUAUUCCUAGCAGAACUGAGGGUGGCCCUGGAUGUACAGAAUUUCUGCUUAUAAAUACAGUAUUUGAAGAACUACAGUAGCUACAACAACAACAUGUCAGAUAAUGAAAAGCUACAUCUAGCACUUUCCCCAAUGAUGAUACUAAUCUUUGCAGCUUAAUUUAGUUUACUUGUUGUACUUGUUGACACCUUUUACAUUUUGUGUUCUUUUAAUUUUUGUGUUCUUUGGAAAGUAUUGAAAAGCUUUUAUAUUUUUAUGAAAAAUUUAAGGAAAUCUUGACUCUUGAAAGAUUUUCAGUUCUGAGGCUCUAUUGCAGAGAUGUUCAUGUCUAUGUUCUUUGGACACAAGUGCAACACAUUACUUGUUAAUGAUGUGCUGCCUUCAUUCCUUGUUCCAAGGAGAUUAGAGCAUUUGAUUUCUCAUGGUCCAGGCCAAAGUUUGACAUCCUGGCAUUGUAUUGAAAACCUAUAUGGGGAUAAUUAUUGCAGUGAAUAACUAUAUUCAUGGCAUUAAAUUAACUAUACGGUAAUUGCACCUUAAACUAUGCUAAGAAUUUUAGCUGAAAGUUUUUAUUUCCCUUAUAAGGGAAGCUCUUGUCUUCAAAUUAGAAUAUUGUGUAAAUAUUGACAAACUUAUUUUAUAUUUCAAAUUUGCCUUAAAUUAGCUGCACUUUAGAAUUAAAAACAUAAAACAAUCUGAUGGUGUGGGAUAGGAUUUGUCUGCUUGUAAAUAUUUAAAACAGCAUAAAUCACACACAUCUGGGUUGACUUUGUAUUGAGGGUAAUAAAAAUUCCAGUCUGUAUUGUAUGAAUGUUGAAGACUGGGAGCACAUACCUUUCCACUAGGAAUUCUAUUUUUAGGACACUUUCCCCACAGUUGCCUGGAAAUGUAUGGCUAGCUUUCAGAUAGUCGAAAUCUGAACCUUUACACUAGAUUGUUAAAGAAGGCUACUUUUCUUAACACUUUGGAAAAAAAAGAAAUUCAAAUUUAUUUACUACUCAGAACAAUAUAGUGGAAUGGUUUUUUAAUUUCCUUUUGCUUUGAAAUCGAGUAGAAAUUGUGUUUGGUACUAUCAACCUUAAAGUGACGGGUAGAUACUUGAAAUAUAAGAAAGCUAAGUAUUCACUGCACCCUUUCCCUUUAUUUUGACUUACUUAAAAAAAACCUGUCUCCACCUUAAUUUGCAUCUCAUAUAAUUAAAAGUGUUUCUGAUGAUCACUGUAAUAACUGUAAUUCUUGGGCUUUUUGUUUGUGUCAGCAAGAUGAGGUUAUCUGAAUUAGAUCCUAUAAGUGCAUCUUUGUAUUUGCAUUAUGGGUGUCUCUCUGUGGUAGUUAUAAGGUAGCGAACUCUGAUCCAGGCUUGCACUGAAACACGGUUCUAAUGAAAAUGCCUUCCCCAGUUUCUUUCAGAAUAAAUACUUUGGUGAGGGAACUUGCAUUGGGGUCCUGUCACAGGUGAGGAAGCCAUAUUUAACCUCCUGUUGCAUUGCUAUCUCAGGCAAUUCUGUCUCCUUCUACACUGCCAUAUAAUCCAGAUUAUCAAAGUAGAUAAUCCACAUUAUCUGCUUUGAACUGGAUUGUAUGAGUCUAUACUGCCAUAUAAUCCAGUUGAAAGCAGAUAAGUUGGAUUUUAUAUGGCACUGUAGAUGGGGCCUUAGUCUGGACUGCAGGUCUUUUAAUUUCUGUUUUUAAAACACAUGUAAAUUUUAAGAGGCAUUGAAUGUAAUAUGUAGUUUCACUUCCUAGACAGCCCCCUUUCCGUUGUAAACUUUGUUUUCUUGAUACUGUGUUUUUGUCAAAGGAAAAUAGGUAUACAUGAAGAAUAAGAUAUUUAAAAAGUAAAUGUCAAUGUUCUCUAGAUUCUGAGUAGAGAAGAAAUCCAAGCAAAUAUUCUAUUGUGAGGCAGAAUUUGAUGUUGCACCAGUGCUUUCAAGAAUGUAUUGCAAGGACACACACAUUUUUUGCACCUUUUAGGAGAUUUAAUUCUCAGCAAAGUGACAGUCUGCAGCAAAAGGUUGACUUUCUAGUAAUUUGAAUAUGGGUGUCGUUGACAGUUAUGGUGGCCACUGUCAAAAUACUAAUAAACCAGAAGGCCUGGUGUAACAUACACUCAACAUCACAGAAUGUUACCUUGCUGUAGAAAGAACAAAAGUCUUCCUAUGCUAAAGAAGAGUCUUGAAGUAUCAUUCCCUCAAUAGGUUGUUUCAUUAUUGUUGUUGGUUUUUCCUCCAAACCUGAAGCUUUGCCCAUUAGUUAAGAGAACAAGUGUUCUCUCAGACAAGCAUCACUUUCACAUACUUUGUAUAAAACCUUUGACCAAAUAAAGCAAUAACAAUAUUA